AUGCAGCUUCUCAACGCCAUUAUUGCCCUUGUGGCCGCGUUCAGCGCGUAUGUUCAGCAGCAGACAACCGACCUGGUUGUCGCUUUCCGCGAACGGGCCUUCCAACCCGUUUUCCACAAUUUCCUGGCCAUCGAGCCAUCCACCGUCACCUCCACCGUAACCUCAACAAUCACCGCCUCUCCGACAGUGUCCUUCACCACAACGGUGUAUCAUGGCGGGUCCAUCGCUUUUGUGGCAACCUCUCCACCUCCUACACCUCCCUCGACCACAGUUCCUCAUGUGCAAUAUUGCCUUGCACCACUAGCGUGGGCAAACUGGGAAGAACCUUCGUUCUGCGUGUCAGAACGCGCUUUCGAGCUCCUGUCUGCCUUCCUCACGACGUUGCCGGAGGCACCAACCCUCCAUAUCUCUCAAUCAAUCCUCGCCCGACUAUCACCCUUGUUCUCUUUACACUGGGAGCGCAUCCGAAUAGCCACCUCUCUAAUUCAGCAACGGACCUUGGGAACGAUGUCCGUCGUGGUCAAUCACGCCACUUCGAUCGUGUGGAAGUUCAGAGUCACGGCCUCAGCGGUCAGUUGUUCGAUGGGAGACCUCCUCGCGUCUUUGACACUGCCACAAUGGCUCAUCUACUGCUUCCUGUUCGUUACCACCGGCUUCCUUCUCAUCGGCGCAAGCAUCACAAUCGUGAGAGCAGAGUUAAGACGUCAAGACCUCCUGCAACGCAAGCAGCGUGAAGAGGUGAAAUCGACCCGCGCUCGUCACCGGAAGGUUAUUGCAGAAGCACUAGACUAUUACGAGCAAGGCAAGAUCACCACAGCUUCAACCAAAGAGGAGGCUCGAGACUUGUUGGUUGCGUUACUGGCUCAUUUCAUAACCUCGGAGAAACAACCAGAGUUCCCUCCACCAACAAUACACCAACGCUGCCCUGAAGUCCGGCCUGCGACGACCUUGCGGACGCUUUCCUGCGGGUUGCGCCACAAGCUACUAGCUGCCGUGAAAUGGAUGUUCGACAUACAGUACUUGUACCUGGUGGAAAUCCCUCUCAGACUGUCAUGGCGUGUCAUCAUCACACCUCUUGGACAGGGCAUCUGUUGGCUGUGUGACACAUAUGUCGAGAAGUUUGUCUUUGGGGUCAUGCCGUUCUGUUUCCUCUUGAUGGUCAACGUCCUGUUUUCCCUGCUUGGCCUAUCGAUGGUCAUGGGUCUUGUUUGCCUCGGGGUUGCCCUUGCAGUCCUUGUCUGCGGCAUCUAUGCCGUCGCAUAUGCAAUGGUACCGGCGACUCGCCUUGCUGGCAGAAUGCGAGCUCGGGUCGUCAACUAUGUACGUGAGGGUGUGGAAGGCGCCAGAAAAUGCUGGGAAGAAGAGGAGGCCGCCGCACGCCGACAGAAAGAUGACCAUACAUCAACUUCACUGGCUCGACGCACACCACAGACACCUGACCAGCCGAUCGCACAACCCAACCACUUCUCGGUCCCUUACAGCCACCACACUAGUGUUCUCACCGGUCCAUCCCCUUAUUCCUCUUCAGGCCCAACAGCUACAACCCGGAUAAUUUCCGUCGAUCACUUCCGACGUCUCCUCCAUCUCGAAUCAGAACACUUCACUAUUUUCCAAAAACUUCACAACGUUCCAGGUUCGUCGGUGCUCUUGAAAAUCGAGAGUCUCCUUCGCGAGCUACAGAACCCACACCGCCCAAUAGAAUCCCAACGACCUGAUCAAUGCGACAAAUGCAGCUCAAAGGAUACAGACAGGAAGGCAAAAGCAUUAGAGAGUGCAUUGGCUGAGAAACAGCAGCUUCAGACGAAAGUCCAGGAACUUGAAUCCAGACUGAGAAGCCAAAACGAGACGCACGAUUCGGCGGAGAAACAGCAGCUUAAGACCAAAGUCCAAGAGCCUUAA